CGUAUCGUGUCGGAGUCAGAGCUCGCGCCAAACGCGUGUGCGUCAACCAGUAGAUUCGCGUCGCCUGUGAGAUUCGGGGUGGUGGAGACCCGUCGGAAGUUAGGGCAUGCCAGCGACAGCGCGGCCGUCGUAAUUUUUGCAGCGCGUCGCGAGCAGCGAGUGUCGAGGAGCGCCGCCCACGCCCCGGCCAUGUACGGCGCCAGCGGCCCCCUGGGCUUCCGCGGCGACGCCUCGGCGCUGGGCUUG